UUAAAUGAUUGGGGAGUAAAAUAUUCCAAGCUUCAAACAAAAGAUGGCUAUAUGAUUAGUUUAUUGAUGUCAAAAGUAGCAGCGAAUGCACGUGAUAAUUCAUGUAUAAUGUAUGAACUUGAGAUCAAUAUUUCUAAGCCAAAAAAUACCCAAAAAUACAAGCUACAACAAUUUUUUGGUCGUGUACAUUAUUAUUUUCAUUAUGUAUUCCAUGGACGAUAUCAACUACUUGCAUAUAUUCAUAAUGCUAAAAAUGUACAAAAGGGAUUAUAUGACUUAUAUAGUUUUGAAGAAUUUGGUGAUUAUGAGUUUGUAGAUGUAUCAAGGAUACAAAGAUGUGUAGGAUUUUUGAGAGUUGGAAAAAGUUAUUAUGUUAUAGACAAGACAAAUUAG